GAGAUAACGCAAUGCAGUCGGUAUAAAUGCGUCCGCUUUGAAGUUCUUGUCUAGUUUCUCAAGUUCAUCAUGGUUCUCACUUUCGUUCUACUCAUCUUGGGGGGCAGUACGUUCUCCACCGUGUCUGCAGCCUGCACCCCGCCUUUCAAAGAGAUCGCUGGUCUCUGCUUCCUCAUAGACAACUUUGCCACGGGGACUUGGGCCGACACGAACCACUGGUGCGGCUACUUUGGGGGCAAGCUGGCCAAGCUGGACAAUGCCGACGUCUUCGCUGCCGUUGUUCAGGAUAUUAAGGAUUCUGGGUUAUCUAAAUCCUUCUACUGGAUUGGCGCAUCAGACUCUGAGGAAGAAGGCGUAUGGAAGUGGCUGGACAACACCGCGGUGGAUAUGGGGACGCCCUUCUGGAGUCUGGCCGGCAGCGGGUGCACAGUUCAGGAACCCAGUGGAGGAACCAACCAGAACUGUGCUGUCCUCAAUCCAAACAGAAAUUAUUACUUUGAUGAUGCAGGCUGCGCAACACAAGCAGGCGCUAUUUGUGAAAAAUAAAUCAGCUGAAGAAGCAUAUAAAGUUGCGUUUCAAUGAAAAAGCUAUUGAUUUUUUUUUUCAUAGACUUCGUCUUGUCACACACGCAUAAGCACACAUAUGUUGGAUUACUAUGCAUAAAUAACUUUUAUAUUUAAAACAGUGUUGUAGCUAUGAGAAGGAUAUACUAUAAUAUCAUGUGUAGAUAUAAAGAUGGUGAUCCUCUGCCA